UGUGUGUUUUAGGACGUGCGUCGCGCAAAGACCCGGAAGCUGCCGGGAGCGCGGAGACUGCAGCGGGUGGAACAGUCUCUGUCUUGUCACCUGGGCUGGGGUGCAGGGACGUGACCUCGGCUCACUGCGACCUCCACUUCCCUGGUGCAAGCAGUUGCCCUGCCUCAGCCUCCCCAGCAGAGACACAGGAUCGUGUUCUGCCACCCAGAGUCAUUUUUUGGAUUUUUAGUAGAAACGGGGGUUUCACCGUGUUGGCCAGGCUGGUCUCGAACUCGUGACCUCAGGCGAUCCGCCCACCUCGGCCCCCAAAAGUGCUGGGAUUACAGGCGUGAGCAGCUGCGCCCGGCUAAGAGCCGCUAAUUCCUACGUCCCCCUGUGUUGGGGGCGCAAGGUGGGUUUGCCGUUCGGAGUCUGCUGAGGUUGGUUCCCAGGGUUCGCCUGUGAUGGAUGGGCCGGCGAGCGCUUCCAGGGCCGUCUCGGGAGUGGGCUGCACAAACACGAACGAGGACUGGAUGUCGGCGCUGUGUCCCCGGCUCUGGGACGUGCCCCUCCACCACCUCUCCAUCCCAGGGAGCCACGACACCAUGACCUACUGCCUCAACAAGAAGUCACCCAUUUCCCAGGGGGAGUCCCGGCUGCUGCAGAUGCUCAACAGGUGGAUCCCCUGCAUCACGCGCCCCGUGGUGCUGAAAUGGUCCGUCACCCAGGUGCUGGACGUCACGGAGCAGCUGGACGCCGGCGUGCGGUACCUAGACCUGCGGAUUGCCCACAUGCUGGACGGCUCGGAGAAGAACCUGCAUUUCGUUCAUAUGGUCUACACCACGGCCCUCGUGGAGGACACGCUCACGGAGAUCUCAGAGUGGCUCGAGCGACAUCCUCGCGAGGUGGUCAUCCUGGCCUGCAGAAACUUCGAGGGGCUGAGCGAGGACCUGCACGAGUACCUCAUCUCCUGCAUCAACACCAUCUUCGGGGAGAUGCUGUGUCCCCGCGGGGAGGUGCCGACCCUGAGGCAGCUGUGGGCGCGCGGCCAGCAGGUCAUCGUGUCCUAUGAGGACGAGAGCGCCCUGGGCCGGCACCGGGAGCUAUGGCCGGGAAUCCCCUACUGGUGGGGGGACCAGGUGAAGCCCGACGCCCUCAUCCGAUACCUGGAGACCAUGAAGAGCUGUGGCCGUCCAGAGACGGGGUUUCACCAUGUUGGCCAGGCUGGUCUUGAACUCCUGACCUCAGAUGGUCUGCCCGCCUCAGCCUCCCAAGGUGCUGGGAUUACAAGCGUGAGCCACGACGCCCGGCCUAGAAAAAAGUCUUAAAAGCCACUGAGAGAACGUGGCCUUAACCUUCUGCUGUCUUCUGGGCUUGGACUGAGCACAACUGGACAACACAGGGGCACGGGAACCUGCCUACCCCUGGGGGGGCUCCUUCCAGGACAGCCUGCAGCCCUCCUCGCCCUGCCCUGCAGAGAUUCUGCCUCAGCAGAUCUAAGUGGACCCUCAAAAAUGUGCAUUUCUCAUUAUGCAGGGACCCCAUUUCCACAAUCACUGGUCGGUGUCAACACUAUAAGCCUCAUGACAAAUGGCACAGACUGUGCCGAAGGCAACAGCGUUCUUCUCUGUCUCCCACACGGGGAUUAGGACGUGGACGUCUUUGGGGCCAUUAUUCUGUCUCCCAUAUGGGGAUUAGGAUGGGCACGUCUUUGGGGCCAUUAUUGUGUCUCCCACAUGGGGAUCACGACGUGGACGUCUUUGUGGCCAUUACUGUGUCUCCCACAUGUGGAUUAGGACGUGGACGUCUUUGGGGCCAUUAUUGUGUCUCCCACAUAUGGAUCACGACGUGGACGUCUUUGGGGCCAUUACUGUGUCUCCCACAUGUGGAUUAGGAUGUGGACGUCUUUGGGGCCAUUAUUGUGUCUCCCACACGGGGAUUAGAAUGUGGACGUCUUUGGGGCCAUUAUUCUGUCUCCCACAUGUGGAUUAGGACGUGGGCGUCUUUGGGGCCAUUAUUCUGUCUCCCACACGGGGAUCAGGACGUGGAUGUCUUAGGGGCCAUUCUUCUGUCUCCCACAUGGGGAUCAGGAUGUGGGCAUCUUUGGGGCCAUUAUUCUGUCUCCCACAUGGGAUCACGACGUGGGCAUCUUUGGGGCCAUUAUUGUGUCUCCCACAUGGGGAUUAGGACGUGGAUGUCUUAGGGGCCAUUAUUGUGUCUCCCACAUGGGGAUCAGGACGUGGGCAUCUUUGGGGCCAUUAUUCUGUCUCCCACACGGGGAUUAGGACGUGGACGUCUUUGGGGCCAUUAUUCUGUCUCCCACAUGGGGAUCAGGAUGUGGGCAUCUUUGGGGCCAUUAUUGUGUCUCCCACACGGGGAUCAGGAUGUGGGCAUCUUUGGGGUCAUUAUUGUGUCUCCCACAUGGGGAUUAGGACGUGGACGUCUGGGGCCAUUAUUCUGUCUCCCACAUGGGGAUUAGGAUGUGGACGUCUUUGGGGCCAUUACUGUGUCUCCCACAUGUGGAUUAGGACGUGGACGUCUUUGGGGCAUUAUUCUGUCUCCCACACGGGGAUUAGAAUGUGGACGUCUUUGGGGCCAUUAUUCUGUCUCCCACAUGUGGAUUAGGACGUGGGCAUCUUUGGGGCCAUUAUUCUGUCUCCCACACGGGGAUUAGGACGUGGACGUCUUUGGGGCCAUUAUUCUGUCUCCCACAUGGGAAUCAGGACGUGGGCAUCUUUGGGGCCAUUAUUCUGUCUCCCACAUGUGGAUUAGGACGUGGGCAUCUUUGGGGCCAUUAUUCUGUCUCCCACAUGUGGAUUAGGACGUGGGCAUCUUUGGGGCCAUUAUUGUGUCUCCCACAUGGGGAUUAGGAUGUGGGCAUCUUUGGGGUCAUUAUUGUGUCUCCCACAUGGGGAUCAGGACGUGGGCAUCUUUGGGGCCAUUAUUCUGUCUCCCACAUGGGAAUCAGGACGUGGGCGUCUUUGGGGUCAUUAUUCUGUCUCCCACAUGGGAAUCAGGACGUGGGCAUCUUUGGGGCCAUUAUUCUGUCUCCCACAUGGGGAUCAGGACGUGGGCGUCUUUGGGGUCAUUAUUCUGUCUCCCACAUGGGGAUCAGGACGUGGGCGUCUUUGGGGCCAUUAUUCUGUCUCCCACAUGGGGAUCAGGAUGUGGGCAUCUUUGGGGCCAUUAUUGUGUCUCCGACAUGGGGAUCACGACGUGGGCAUCUUUGGGGUCAUUAUUCUGUCUCCCACAUGGGGAUCAGGACGUGGGCAUCUUUGUGGCCAUAAUUACUGAGAAUUGAACCUCUAACCAUGUGAGUAAGAGGGGCAAACGGGCGGGUGGAGGCAGGUGGCCGUGUGACGUCUCCCUCACCCCACUG